AUGGUAGGAAGAAUGAGAGAGAGCUCAGCUUCAGCAAAUGGUUCAUUUACUAGUGCCAUGACACUUAUUGAAGAGGGACUAACCUAUGUUCCCAAGCGUUACGUCCUUCCACCAUCCCUACGCCCCGAUGGAACCCUGUGUAACACAUGCUUGCCAAUUGUGGAUCUAUCCAAUCGGCAACACCCUCUUCUUCGGUCUCAGAUAAUCCAGGAUGUACACCUGGCUUGCAAGAAAUUUGGUUUCUUCCAGGUAGUUAACCAUGGUAUCCCAUUGUCAGUCAUGGACAACGCCAUACAUGCUGCGAGUGAAUUCUUUGAUUUACCAACUCAAGAUAAAAGGCAUCUUUUGACUUCGAAUGUUUGUGACCCCGUAAGAUAUGGUACCAGUCUAAACCAUGUCAAAGACAAAGUACACUUUUGGAGAGACUUCCUCAAGCACUAUGCUAAUCCAACCUCAACUUGGAUUGACUUGUGGCCAUCAAAUCCCAAAUGUUACAAGAAGAAAAUGGUAAACUACACUAUGGCAGCACAAAAGUUGCAAGAAGGACUCAUGGAAGUGAUAUUUGAGAGCUUAGGACUAAACACUAAUUACUUACAUGAAGACAUUGCGGAAGGCUCCCAGGUCAUGGCAGUUAAUUGCUAUCCAGCAUGUCCUGAGCCAGAUCUUACACUAGGAUUGCCACCACACACAGAUUAUGGUAUGAUAUCCAUCAUUCUACAAAAUCACCAGGGCUUGCAAAUCAUGGGCCAAGAUGAAAAGUGGCAUUCAGUUCCACUCAUUGAGGGAGCUCUCACUGUUCUGCUGGGAGAUCACAUGGAAGUACUGACCAAUGGGAUAUACAAAAGUGUUGUCCACCGAGCAACAGUUAACUCAGAAAAAAAGCGCAUUUCAAUUGUCAGCCUUCAUAGUCUAACUUUAGGUAAAAAAGUUAGACCUGCAUCAGCUCUUGUUAACGAACAAAAUAUCUUGUCCUACAAAGAAGGAGGCUUCAGUGAUUUCCUUGACUUCAUUUCGGGAGAAGAUAUUGUGGAAGCAAAGUACAUAGACACAUUAAAAAUAAAUACAUGAUGAUUAUAGUACAUGGACAACAGAGCAGGCAAUACUGGAAUUCUCAUUUUUACACUCUUCAAACUCCAUUUUGUAUGAUCCGUGUUUUACAGUAGCCAGAUUUUCUAUGUACUUUGUUCGAAUUUUGCUGGUGAGAUUUUUUUAUUUUUGCUUUUUAUUUUAUUUUGUUGAGAAAAAAAUAAGAGCUCUUCCUUCAUACUAGGAGGCCUUGCUGUAAAAAAAAAAAAUUGAACAAACUUACCAGCCAUUUCAUCUUAACCAAGGUUUCCCUCAAGGCCACUUAUUUUGUUGCACCACCAACAAAAUAAAAAUGCAUCUUCAGGAUCCGAUGAUUUAUCUCACUUAGCUAACAUCACAACUUGGCAGAUAGAAGCCAGCAACUGGAAAGAAGUUCUAACAUUCACCACAUCAAGUCCAAUUUAAGCCAAAUGUUGGUCAUACUACAAGUUUAGAACUCGAGCCACAUUCAUCACUGGUAGACGCACCUAUUGGGAAGAUGUUCUCUCACACAAGGUAAAUUUUUAAUGGUAAAUAGACACAAGAAUUAGUUAUGACCUUAAACUAAUUAGACCAGCAAAGAACAUUAUAUUGAUUUACAGCCACAACCAUAUACAGCCAAAAUCACCUUCCAACAAUACAUUCUGCACAUAUAACACAGGAAUAGCCAGUAUAACAACUGCUCUGACAUUAAUAUUAGUAUCAUUAUUUUGUGUGUGUUCUUUUAGGUUUUCUGUGUCAGAAGUUUCCUUUGUAAGCUAACAGGGAAGCAUGGCUUCAAAACUCAAGUUCCAUGACCCUGGUAAUGCUCACGUUUGAUCUCGCUAAUGUUCAGACACCCAAACUGUUUUACCUCCAAUACUAUUUACUCAUUUCAAACCUUCUCCAAACAAUCUUGUUAUUAUCGCUAGGGAUGGCAAUAGGGCAGGGCAUAUUCGGGGUGGGGCAGGGAGUGUUGUGCGGGACAGGGCAGGGCGGGACAAAAUAUAUUUUCGAAAAAUUAUAAUGAAGGCAGGGAAAGUGGUAGGGCAAGGGGUUUCAGAUGCAAAUUGAAAAUUUCUCAACCUUAUUUCAGUGUCGACAAUGGGAUUGUUGUUGUCAACGUACUAAUGAAAUAUCAAUUGUUGGGUGCUGGCAACGUUUAAAAUAAGAUUUCAUACUAAAGGAAUAUCAAUAACUUCUUUUUUAUUUAAAUAAGAUCAAUAUGGGACAACUGUUUUACUAUUACUUGAAAUCAAAUUAUUUCAAUUACAAAAAUAUUGAAAUAAAAAUAUUGUAAAUUUUCCCUGCUACUAAUUCCAAAAGUAAGCACUCGCAAAAGCCAAAACAACAUAGAAACUAAGUUUGUGUUGUAUCAUUUUAUACUCCCUCCGUUCACUUUUACUUGUCCACUAUUCCUAAGAAUAAAUUUUACUUUUAACAUAUC